GUUCACAGACCGCGCGGUCGAAGACGUAGAGAGCCAUCAAAAGAGAAUAGAAGAGACAGUGUCGGAGAAGGAUGUUGUUUCUUCUCCCGCGGGGGUUUUCGCGAGCAAAACAUAGGCGAGGUCGAGGUUACAAAUGACUUAUUAGUCAAAUGUUUGCUUUAUAGUUAGAUUAAAGGAGAAAAUGUCUCGGUGGAUCUACUGGUUGUUGAUGCUGGGUUCAACAAUAUGCGAAGUUCAAGCUCAGGAGGAAAACCGUGUGGUUUUCCUCUCGGGAGCCUUCCAGAACAUCAGCGUGUCGGGGAAUGAGACUGUGCAGGCCGUGGCCACCAGGAUCCCCGCGGAGGUCGCGUUCGCCACUGUGCAGUUCCACACGCAGCAGCAUAACGUCACGCUCUCCUACAGCACCACCCCGGCGUUCGGGCUCUCCUCGACGGCAUCGGACCCGGGCCUCCUAUUACCUCUCCUGCCGGGACAGACGUCCUUCACUCUGUUCCUGUUCUCCGCCGACGGAAGCGCCGUCACGGCCACGGGAGUCAUCCUCCCUUUCUCCAGCACGGACCCGGUGCCCGGCGGUUGCAACACAGAGUUCAACCUGAACGUGGACCCCAACGUCUACCUGCGCUACAACCUCUUCGAGACCACCAUCCAGUUUGCGCCGGCCAACCUUGGCUAUGAGAGGGGCAGCAGUCCUCCGUCCUGCGACACGUCCACGGGGAGCGACACGCGCUGGCGGCUUCAGUACGACAUCUACCAGUACUUCCUGCCUGAGAACGACCUAUCAGAGCGCAGCCUCUUCCGGGGUGUCCAGGAAGUGGCUGACGUCGAGGGCAUGACGGAGAACGGCAAACUGAUUAUGACGCUGUCCUCGAUGGAAAUGAGCACGGUGAUGUUCAGUUCCAUCCCCGGCCAGGGCGUCGUCUACUCCGUCAUCGUGCGGGACCCCGUCCUCAACACGUCGGCCUCUUACGUCCCGGUCCACACGUACAGCUGCAGCUUCACCUCGAAGCUGGACCGCUGUCAAACGCUGGGAAAGAUAACCACACAGGUUUUUUUCACUAUCGGCGGCUUGGCAGGUCUGUUCGUCUGCUUCUUUGGGCACCGAUUCUUCAAAUGUGAGUUGUUUUGCAUGGGCUUCAGUUUUUCCGCCUUCUUCUUCUUCGUGCUCGUCACCAGGACCACGGGACUGGAUUAUGACAUCCGUCUGGCCGUGUCGACGGUGAUCGGCGUGGUGGGCGGAGUCCUCGUGGUGAUGAGCUGGUGGCGCUCCGGCUCGAUCAUGGCGUGCGUAGUGGUGGUCGGCCUGAUGCUCGGCUUCCUCGUCGCCUCCACGGUCCUUUUUACGCCGCUUGGUGACCUGGACGUGUUCAGGCGGUCCGACGCCGUCUUCUGGGUGACGUUCUGCAGCAUCAUGAUCAUCGUCCCGAUCUUCUUCAUGCGUUGGCCCAGAGAGGGCAACAUCGCAACCUGCGGCGUCAUCGGCGGGUACGCCGUCGUCCUGGCGGUGAACGGCUACGUCUACACCAGCCUUUCCUACAUCGCCCUCAACGUCCUCAAGCGCUUCCUGAACAACAACUUCAACGCCGCCUUCACCGACGUCCCGUUCCAAACCAUCGACUACGUCAUGAUUACAGUGUGGGUGGUGCUGGGAGCCGCGGGCAUCGUCCUGCAGCUGUACCGGGAGCGAUCGCGGCCCUUCUUCCCGCCCAGCCCGUACCUCAUGUGGCUGCAGGAGCGCGAACGGCGCAAGACCAACGUCCUUGACCCGAGCCACCACUUCCCGCCGCUGCCCAACCGCCUCCUGGCCCGAGCCCGGCAGCUCACCAGGCGGAUGGAGCCGGCCGGAGAGCACACGCCGCUGCUGCUGUAG